AUAAAGGUACUUAAGUCGCUGAUAAGCCAUCCGGCGUUGUGCAUCUCAUCCUCGACGUUCGUCCGAUCGCGUAAGCCACACACAGUUGACCGGUAGCCUUGCGUGCAUCAUGAACGGUAGUUUGGCGAACGGAUUGAACGAGGGCCUUAAUGCCCCUCCGCCCAAGAUCGCCUUCGAUCGGAGUAUUUCCGCGUACAGUGAACGGGAUGUACAGUGUGGCUUUUGGGUGUGCCGGGGACCGUUCUGGCAGCGGCUCGCCAGUAAGAAGCUUUACGUACUACUGUUCGGGCUUAUUGGAUGCAUUCUUAACUCCACCACUUCGUACUUCUACGGCACACUUACUACGGUGGAAAAAAGCAUCCAGAUAUCGUCCCGUACGGUCGGUAUAAUAACGGCCGGAUCGGAUCUAUCGUUUGUGCUGGCAUCGUUGUUCCUUUCGUACUAUGCUUCGAACCGUCGGAAACCGCUAUGGAUUGCGAUGGGUAUCGUCAGCAUGGCAUUGUCCUGUUUCGUAAACGCACUGCCACACUUUCUGUUCUCGAAAGGACACGAUGAGUUGAUGCAGAAUGUGGGAAAUUGGACGAAAGGUGCAGAUAACCUGUGUCGAGAGGAUCGACUAUCGCCGGACUGUUCACUGGACGUGGGAGACAUCCGGCCUCAGCUUGUGCUGUUCUUUGGAAGCUUCCUAUCCGGUAUCGGAACAUCGCUGUACUUCACGCUCGGGCUCACCUAUCUCGAUGAUAACGUGCGCAAGGAGAAGGUACCGUUCCUUUCCAGCUUGGCCGCCUUUGGACGACGAAUGGGACCGCUGGUGGGGUUCUCGUUGGCUUCCCUCUGUCUGAAGUACUUUGUGCACGUCGGUGUCGAACCGGGCUACGAUCAAAGCGAUCCACGCUGGAUCGGUGCGUGGUGGAUGGGAUGGUUAGCACUCGGCUCUACGCUAAUCCUCAUUGCUCCGUUCUUUGCCAGCUUCCCGAAGGUUUUACCGAGAACGGCUGAACGGAUAUCCUUGUCACGUCAGGCAAGCCGUACGAGUGGUACCAAUUCGACCGCCGAGGAAGAUGUAGAUGCUGACAGGAAGGUGUCGUUUGGUGACAUGUUGGUGACGCUGCGUCGGCUCAUCACCAACAAAGCGUACGUGUUCAAUAAUGCAGCCAGCAUUUUCUACUUCUUCGGGUACAUGCCGUUCUUCCUGUUCCAGGCGAAGUACAUCGAGAUCCAGUAUCGUUUAACUCCAUCCCAGGCAAACAUGGUUACUGGAUCGGUUUCCCUCGUGUUCUCCGCCCUAGGGAUACUGAUCGCUGGUAUGGUGAUUCAGAAACUACGAGUAACUUCGCGCCAAUUGGCUGGAUGGAAUGUCGUCACGAGCAUUCUAUCGGCGGCAGGUAUCGUUGGGUACGCAUGGUUUGGAUGUUCUGCACUCAAUAAUGCAGAUAUUGUUGCCAAUUCGCAGGACGCGAAUUGUAGUCUCGGCUGUAACUGCGAUUUUGUGAAAUAUGCUCCAAUUUGUGGAAGUGAUGGACAAACCUAUCUUUCACCAUGUCACGCUGGAUGUAAGGAAUUGUCGAAGGAUGGUAGUGGAAUGAUGCUGUACAGCAAUUGUUCCUGUAUUCCAAAUCUUUUGACUGAUGAUGGAAACGUUACCUCCAACUUUGGUUCCGCUAUGCCCGGAAGCUGUCCUGUUGAUUGCUGGACACCUUUCUACUUCUUUCUCAUUGUAAUGUGUGUGAACAAGUUCAUUGGAGGAACGGAAUCGGCUGCCAACUUCCUCAUUGGACUAAGAUGUGUUGAACCACGCGAUAAAGCGAUCUCGAUGGGAUUCUCGAUGGCAAUCAACACGCUGUUUUCGUUUCUUCCUGCACCGAUCGUCUUCGGUGCGAUCAUUGAUCGUACCUGUGUGCUAUGGGGACGCACCUGUGCCAAACGGGGAAACUGUUGGCUUUACGAUGGGGAAGCUUUACGCGUGUCAAUGAACUAUACGGCGGCCGUGUUUGUCAUCAUUGGAACGUGCUUUGACAUGGGUACAUGGUACUAUUCGAAGAACUUCAAGAUAUUUGAUGAUGCCCCCGGCAAGGACGACAGCACGAUCCCGAUGGAAAAAGAGCUAGUGUCCCUUGUUAACAAACAGAAGGAAGAACCCGCUGAAAUGAAGCGAAUAAAGUAACCGGUUUGGAUGCCUUGUUAACCUUAACACUUCUUGGGUGACAUCUUGGGUGGUUUGUCGUGCGCCGUCUGUCAGUAUCUAUCCCUUGCAUCGGUUAUCACACGUUGAGGGAGAACACCGCUUAUCGCUAAUGCUAACAAGCGACUGUGUAUACGACAAACUGACCCAUGACACUUGUUGGGUCCCACACUAAGCUAGUUGAAGCAGAGGAGUUCUGAAGUGCUCAAAAUAUACGGGAUGAAGCGUAAAGAUAA